AUGGCGACGCGCGCCGCGCUGUCGACGCGGCCGGCGCCGGCGCGCGCGCGCGCGCGUCCCGCGCGGCGCGCGACGAUCGCGCGCGCGCGCGACGCGGACGUCGUCGUCGUCGGCGCCGGUCUCGGCGGCCUGAGCGCGGCGGCGCUGCUCGCGUCGCGGGGACUGCGCGUGACCGUGCUCGAGGCGCACGUCGUCGCGGGCGGCGCCGCGCACGCGUGGACGCGCGGUGGAUACACGUUCGAAUCCGGACCGUCGCUGUACUCGGGGCUGGAGGCGCGACCGACGACGAACCCGAUGGGACAGGUGCUGCACGCGAUCGACGAACGCGUGGCGUGCGCGCGGUACAACACGUGGACGUGUCACCUGCCGGAGGGAACGUUCGUGACGGAGGUCGGGAACGAUCAGUUCUUGGAGGUGCUGCGAGAGUACGUGGAUGAGGAGGCGUGCGAGGAGUGGACGCGGUUGAAGGCGCUGAUGGAACCGCUGGCGACGGCGAGCGCGUCGCUGCCGCCGGCGGCGGUGCGAAGCGACGUCGGAGGGGCGUUCACGCUGGCGCGAUUCGUGCCGGGAUUGGUGCGAUCGGCGCCGUACAUCGGGAAGAUUAUGGCGCCGUAUAGCAAGUUUAUGGCGGAGAACGACAUCAAGCACCCGUUCAUUCGUAAUUACAUGGAGAUGCUCUGUUUUUUGCUCAGCGGGGCGCCCGCGAGCGGAACGAUGGCGGCGGAGAUCGGAUACAUGUUUGACGAUUGGUACAAGCCAAACUCGAUGCUCGAGUUUCCGAUGGGCGGGAGCGGAGCGAUCGUGGACGCGCUCGUGCGAGGGCUGAAGAAGUUUGGCGGCGAGCUAGAGCUCGGGACACACGUCGAGGAAAUCAUCGUCGAAGGCGAAGGCAAGGAGAAGCGCGCGACGGGCGUGCGGACGAGAGACGGAAAGGUUUACAAGGCUAACAAGGCUGUGAUAUCGAACGCAACGCUCUGGGACACGGUACCGAUGCUACCACCGGAUGCGAUGCCUCGAGAGUGGAUAGAAGAAGCGACAUCGACGGCGAUGUGCGAGUCGUUCAUGCACUUGCAUCUCGGCAUCGACGCCGCCGGCCUUCCCGAUGACUUAGAGAUUCAUCACAUUUACGUCGAAGAUUGGGAUCGCGGCGUCACGGCGGAGCAAAACAUGGUGCUCGUGAGCAUUCCUUCCGUACUCGACCCCUCGAUGGCGCCCGAGGGCAAGCACGUGAUUCACGCGUACACGCCCGGAAACGAGCCCCUCGAUAUUUGGGACGGGCUCGACCGUAACUCGGACGAGUACAAAAAGUUGAAGGAGGAACGCUCGCAAGUGCUUUGGAAAGCUGUAGAAAAGAUCAUCCCAGACGUGCGCAAACGCUGCGAAAUCACGAUGGUCGGCACGCCCGUGACGCAAAAGAGAUUCUUGCGAAGGGCGAAGGGCACGUACGGGGGCACGGGUUGGAUAUCCGAGGAUCAAGACAGCAUUCCGAUCACGAGCGCGUCGACGCCGCUUCCAGGCCUGCUUGUCGUCGGCGACUCUAACUUUCCCGGCCCUGGCGUCCCGGCCGUAGCCGCGGGCGGUUGGAGCGCGGCGAAUGAAUUGAUUUCGCCGCUUCAAACCGCCGCUUUGCUCGACAAAGUGUGUCCUCCGGGGACGUCAAAGUGA